CCAUCAGGUGGUCCCUGUCCUCCAGGUCCCUGCGGUCCCACAUUUCCCUGCCCAACAGCACCCUGCGGUCCCACAUUUCCCGGCCCAACAGCACCCUGCGGUCCCACAUUUCCCUGCCCAACAGCACCCUGCGGUCCCACAUUUCCCGGCCCAACAGCACCCUGCAGUCCCACAUUUCCCUGCCCAACAGCACCUUGCAGUCCCACAUUUCCCUGCCCAACAGCACCCUGCGGUCCCACAUUUCCCUGCCCAACAGCACCCUGCGGUCCCACAUUUCCCUGCCCAACAGCACCCUGCGGUCCCACAUUUCCCUGCCCAACAGCACCCUGCGGUCCCACAUUUCCCCGCCCAACAGCACCCUGCGGUCCCACAUUUCCCCGCCCAACAGCACCC